GUACUGCGCGCCGGGUAGCUACUCAUAAUAAUUUAUUUCUUGUUGGGUGAAUUGUGAAAAAUUGUGGAGUGACUUGUCUACGUACCUACUGCAAAAGUUUUAAGAUUGGAUUAUGUUGUGAAAUGUUUGGCACAAUGGAAUCACGUACGACUGCCGAUUUAUUAAACACAGAAAAAGCGCCAAACAAGUUGAAAUUUGGUAUAGAAAGGCUCUUAUCCAGUAACAAUCCGGACGAAAAUAAAACAUUUGGAAAAGCGAAUCCUACUAUUAGCAAGCCCUUGCCGCAUAUUGUAGUGCCUUGUUCAGAUUGUGAAUUAUACAGAUGUUGCAGAUUGGGUUCUUCAGGAGGUUGCCAAUCUGAUAUGCUACCUGGAAUGUCCGGCUUUUUCAAUACCGAAACAUAUUUUGCAUUUACUCGUAACGAUAAUGCACUUUAUUCUGGACAACCCAUUAGACCUUUUGCAACACGACCAACUUUUUCAAAAAUGCUUGGCUUGGAUUAG